AUACCGAAUUUCCAAUCCAAGUGUAGAAUUCAGCAUAGUUACGACGUCGAUUUUCACCACAGGACACACAGGGCGACUCCGGCGACGGCGAGUGGCGACUGGCGAGUUAAGCGCCAGCUGGCAGCGAUCACUGAAGGUUUAUAUAUCAUAGAACCACUCGUCCAUAGUGUAUCUCCCGCUGUCACUUUUAGAACGCCGAGAUGACGACUGCAAUGGGACCUCCACCGCCUAGAAACCCUUCCUCCGCUUCUCCAAUGGAUUUUGAUGCCGGAACCCUUGAGGGAGAUUCAACCUCUUCUUCAACUGAAACGAAGGCCACCAUGGGCCCUCCUCUUCCAAAAAAUCCCACUCCUCCCGAUUCUGACCCCCCAGCCCCGACCGCAACUCAAGAAGAUGAAUCACCGGUGAUUUCGAUCAAUUCUGAUGCUUCAGAACCCGUUGAUAAGGCUCCAGACGCUCCUCCAUCUGAUAAAGCUGUGGAACUGGCUCCGAAGCAACCCCAGAGCGUAGCGGUGCCAUACACCAUUCCUUCUUGGAGUGGAGCCCCCUCCCAUCGUUUCUAUUUGGAGGUUCUGAAGGAUGGAUGCAUUAUUGAUCAGUUUGAUGUAUAUGAGAAGGGGGCUUAUAUGUUUGGACGUGUGGAUCUCUGCGAUUUUGUUCUGGAGCAUCCAACCAUUUCUCGAUUUCACGCUGUUCUCCAGUUUAGAAGUAAUGGAGAUGCAUACCUUUAUGAUCUUGGAAGUACUCAUGGAACUUUUAUUAACAAGAAUCAGGUGAAGAAAAGGAUUUUUGUGGACUUGCAUGUUGGUGAUGUCAUUCGAUUUGGCCAUUCAUCUCGAUUGUACGUUUUUCAAGGGCCAAAUCAUUUGAUGCUACCUGAAUCAGAUUUGACCAUGAUAAAAAAGGCUAAGAUUCGAGAACAGACACUAGACCGAGAAGCUUCACUUCGACGAGCCCGACAGGAAGCAUCUCUCGCUGAUGGAAUAUCUUGGGGCAUGGGAGAAGAUGCUGUUGAAGAGGCUGAGGAUGAAGUUGAUGAAGUCACAUGGCAAACAUACAAAGGACAGCUUACAGAAAAGCAGCAAAAAACUCGUGAAAAGGUUUUAAAAAGAACUGAAAAGAUUUCUCACAUGAAGAAAGAAAUUGAUGCAAUUCGUGCUAAAGACAUUUCUCAAGGUGGAUUGACGCAAGGGCAGCAAACUCAGAUUGCUAGGAAUGAACAAAGAAUUACUCAGAUCAUGGAAGAACUUGAAAACUUGGAAGAGACACUGAAUGAUAGUAUUAGGGAAAGCCUUGGAGCUCGUUCUGGGAUUCGAUCACUUGGUAAGAAGCAAGGAGGAACGGAAAAUGAUGAAGAAUUUUUAAGUGAUGAUGACGACUUCUAUGACCGCACGAAGAAGCCUUCAAAUAAAAAAACUGGUGAAAAUCAAUCAAUUGAAACAGCUGAUUCUCUUCUUGAUAAGAGAGAUGCCAUCAAUAAAGAAAUGGAUGAAAAAAAAAGAUUGCUUUUGAUUGAGGAGAACAAAAUGGAAUCACAUACAGAUUUGGACUCUGGCAAUGAUGCUCUCGAUGCUUACAUGUCAGGACUUUCAUCUCAGCUAGUGCUUGACAAAACCACCAAACUACAGAACGAAUUAUCGUCUCUUCAGUCAGAACUAGAUAGAAUUUUGUACCUGUUGAAAAUUGCUGAUCCAUCAGGAGAAGCAGCCAAGAAAAGGGAAACUUCAGCCAAGAAAAUUGAUUCAAAUCUAGAAGCAAAGCCUGAAAAAUUUAAAGUCCCUGCAUCUAUUAAUGGGAAACCACAGAAGGAACUAAUAAAAAACGAUGAAUCUAAAGAACAAGUGGUAGAUGCCAAACAGAAAAUGAAAACCACACAAGAAAGUGUUGAAUCUAACGAGUCAGUUACUGAAAAAGUUGUGGAUGAUACAAAAGAUAAAAAGACCAUCAGUUACACUGUUGUUAAGCCUCAGUGGCUUGGGGCCAUCGAAGAAAUGAAAUCUGAGGAAACUCAAAAGGAUGCUGCACCAUUGGAUAUACAAGAAUCUGAUGAUUUUGUCGACUACAAAGACAGGAAAGAUGUUCUUCAGAGUUCUGAUAAUAAGCCUGCAAAAGUGGAUUCUGUGAUUGAGAGUGCUGCCCCAGGUUUGAUUUUGAGAAAACGGAAGCAAGAAGAUCAAUCUGACGGUAACUUGGAUGCCUCUCAACAGUCGACAUCAUCUUUGGAGGCAGAGAGAGCAGAAUUUAAGGCAGAGGAUGCUGUGGCUUUGCUGUUAAAGCACCAAAGAGGGUAUCAUGGAUCAGAUGACGAGGAAAAUCGACAUGAAAGCAAGCGCCCGACAGGUCGAACCAGAUCAAAAAAGAAUGAGAAGAAGUCCAAGAGGGUACUUGGUCCCGAAAAGCCGUCAUUUCUAGAUACAAAAGCUGAUUAUGACUCAUGGGUACCUCCUGAAGGACAAUCAGGCGAUGGAAGGACAACAUUAAACGAGCGUUAUGGCUACUAAUUUCCCCAUGUUUCUAACAACAUUUUGAUCUGAGAUCGGCCUCGCCGUUUUUUACUUUUUCAAGAAAGAUGGAUUGGUCACUGGCCCGUAAAUUAUUUCAUCAAUCUUAGCCGCUUUUUCCAGUGUAUGAAAACAAAGGUAGUGAGGCUGCUGCUUUAUAAUUGAAAGCCUUGUGUUGUAAUAAAAGAAGAUGGAACUCAGGCAAAGAUGUUCAUGAACUAUGGAACUAGCAAGCUUGGAGAAGUUUCUUGUCUAUAUACCUGGGUAAAGGGAGGGAGUUGGAGAACCUGAAAAAUUGCUCUCUUGUUCUAGAAGAUUUAUUGUAACAUUACAUACAAGGGUUGUUCUUUUGUCCACAGGCCUUGAAAGACUUGCAACAACCUUCCAGUAAUAGCAGCUGAUAGUAUGGAAUAUUGGUGGUUAUUGUAGAUUUUUCACUCAUUUUCACUCCUUUGUAAGAUCUCAUGUACCAUACUCUUACCCAUGAACAUGUUUGAGUUCGGCAUUCUCCGAGUUACAUUGAUA